AUGAUUGCAUCGCCUGGCAUCGAUGUGGUUCUUGAGAUUACGGGCAGUCCAGCUGCUGGAAUCCGGCAUGCCCUGCUCUGCUGCGAGCAUAAGAAGCAUAUCGUCAUGAUCAAUGUUGAGGCUGAUGUGCUCGCCGGUCCGUUGCUAGCACAGAAAGCGCGCGAGGCAGGCAUCAUUUACUCCAUGGCGUAUGGCGACCAGCCCGCUCUCAUCGCCGAGCUCGUAGACUGGGCACGCACUGCAGGCUUCGAUGUAGUCUGCGCCGAGCAGACCAAAGACAUGAAUCCGCAAAUGUUCAACUCUUUCUUAGAUGGCACCAAAUCAGCGUUGGAAAUGGCUGCCGUAGCAAACGGAUGCGAGCUGACUCCGCCGGAUAAUGGUCUCCUGUUUCCACCAUGCGGACGGCAUGAUUUGCCUCGAUCCCUCAGGCCGAAGUCGGAUGGUGGCCUAUUGGACAAGAAAGGCACUGUAGAAGUGGUAUCCUGCCUGGAGCUUGAUGGGCGACCUGUUUUCAAUGAUUUGCGCUGGGGUGUUUACGUGGUAAUAGAGGCACCCGGAGACUAUCAGAAAGAUUGCUUUAAGCAAUACGGCCUAGAGACUGAUAGCACUGGCAAGUAUGCCGCCCAAUUCAAGCCCUACCAUCUCAUCGGACUAGAGCUUGGUGUCUCGAUAGCUACAAUCAUGUGCCGCGGUGAGCCGACUGGUCAGACAAAGACAUGGGCGGGCGAUGUUGUUGCAACGGCGAAACGUGAUCUCAAAGCAGGCGAGAAGCUUGACGGCGAAGGUGGAUUCAUGGUCUAUGGCAAGUUGAUGCCAGCACAUGCAUCUAUGGCCAUCGAAGGUCUCCCAAUCGGCUUAGCCCAUGGAAUAACUCUGAAGCGUGACAUAAAACAAGGCCAAGGCCUGAGCUGGAACGAUGUGGAGUACAGCGAAAAGAAUCAGGCGGUCGCCGUGAGACGUGAGAUGGAAGCACUCUACAGGAAAGAAUUCGAGGCCAAGAAGAGCACAGCUAUCGGCAUUAACGGAUCCCAUUGACUGUUAUACAUGUAAGAAGUGAAAAGCUUGACGUGGAAUAUGGAGGAUGCAAAUCCUGUCACCCUCAUUGCACUCCUCAAGCUCACGAAUUCCAGACGAUAGGUGUGAAUGACUCCCCAGAUGCGCGUCAACAAUGUUUCAAAGGCAUACUUUGGAAGACAUCCUUGACCUCAAGAUCUUGAGUUGUACAUAUAAAUGCCGACGCAGCGGCUGCUACUUUCGUCACAAUGCGCUGACAUAGCUCCAGCACAGAGAGGAAUUUAAAUGGUAGUGUACAUGUAGGCAAAAGAGCCUUGGUAUGAAUUGGUACAAUUGACG